AUGGCAACCAAAGCCAUAAUCGGCCUCCUGUUUGUUUUCCUACAAUUCGCUACAAUUUGUGAAGCAAUCACCCUGUCAACAAAUUCCAGGUGGAUAAUCGACCAAGGAACCGGAAAGCGAGUCAAACUCACCUGCGCGAACUGGGCGGCGCACAUGGAGCCGAUGCUACCAGAAGGGCUGGAGAAGAAGCCGGUGAGCUACAUAGCGAGCCAGAUAGCGAAGCUCGGCUUCAACUGCGUGCGGCUCACGUGGGCCACGUACAUGUUCACCAGGCCGGAAUAUGUCAACCUGAAAGUAUCGGAAUCUCUGGAUAGGUACAGCCUGGCGGCGGCGAAAGCAGGGAUCGGGAAAAACAAUGCGCAGUUUCUGGAGAUGAGUGUAAUAGAUGUUCAGAAAGCCGUGGUGGGUGAGCUCGGUAAGAACAAUUUGAUGGUGGUGCUCGAUAAUACAGUCAGCAUGCCGACGUGGUGCUGUAGUGAUGACGAUGGCAAUGGGUUUUGGGGUGACAAGUAUUUUGCCGUUGAUGAAUGGCUGCAGGGGUUAACUGCUGUGGCCAGGGCUUAUAAGGGAAAUCCCGCGGUUGUAGCAAUGAGUUUGAGAAACGAGCUACGUGGCAAAGGACAAAACCUACUUGACUGGUACAGAUAUAUGAAAGCCGGCGCUCAAACGGUCCACACAGAAAACCCCGAUUUUCUCAUCGUCGUCUCCGGCACUUCCUACGAUUCCGACCUCAGUUUCUUAAAACUAACGGAUUUCGAAAUCGGCAUAAACAACAAGAUAGUGUUCGAAGCGCAUUGGUACACGUUCGGCACCGGUGCGGACAAAUGGGAAGCUCAGACGAACAAUUUGUGCGCCGACUUCACCAAAACGGCUCAACGGAACUAUCUCUUCCUGACAAGCCAAUACCACGCUUAUCCGCUGUUCUUGAGCGAGUUCGGUAUCGACCAAAGAGGUACGAACGAGGCCGAUAAUCGAUACAUAAGUUGCUUGCUGGCGGCGGUGGCGGAGAUUGAUAUCGAUUGGGCGUUGUGGGCUUUUCAGGGGAGCUAUAUUUUUCGAGAGGGGAAACCUGAUGUUGAUGAGGCUUAUGGAGUUAUGAACUUUAAUUGGGAUGCUCCUAGAAAUCCGGGGUUUGUCGACAGACUGCAAAUUCUAAGACAAACGAAUCAAGUGGCGGAUUCGAAGAACCCGAGUUAUUACAUAAUGUUGCAUCCUCAAAGUGGGCAGUGUGUGCAAAUUGGCAAUACUAACAAUGUUCUACUAGCCAACUGCAAAACGGCGAGCCGGUGGGAUCAACACGAAGAUGGGGGUCUGAUGAAGUUGUCGGGGAGUUCACUGUGCCUCGCGGUGGCGGGAGAUGGUGGUGCAGCUAGUGUUUCCGGUAAUUGUAGAAGUAAGUGGAAGUAUGUAUCAAGCUCCGGCCUUCAGUUGGCUGCUCAAGAUGGAAUGGGGAAGUAUUUCUGCUUGGAAAUGAACGGUUCCGAUCACUCCACCGUUAUUACCAAGAAAUGUCUGUGUGUUGGAGACGAUCUUCGUGAUUUUUCGACAUGUGCUGAUAAUCCGGAAGUGCAGUGGUUUAAACUUGUCCCUGCAAAUGUGUAA